UCCCUUGCAGCACGAGCUGGCUGUAAAGCACACCAGCUCUCUUAAUUAAUUGAUGUGCCUCAACAACGGCUGCCUUGGCUUCCUCGUGUGGACCACUGCGGCAGAGCAGACAAAAAGGCAGUAGACUCCUGUUCCAGGGUGGGAGACCAUUAAUCACCUGGGUGGGUGGGUGGGGGUUGGCUGUGGCGGGGUGGAGAGGGGACGUGGGGUGCCGGCGUGGUCGGUUCUGCUAUAUUCUGACUCCAGAGCAGUCAUCCGGAGGGGAUGGGGGGGAGAGGGAGACAAGGGGAGUAGGAGGGCAGUGGACGCAGGGAGGGGACGAGGAUGGUCGGGGAUGUGCUGGUCCUCCUGCUGCUGUCCUACUGUGUGUCCUGCGUGCUGUCACAGAUCCCGGACCCUGAGCUUUUACCCACAGAGCCCCCCAAAAAGCCAGACCCCGUCACAUCAGAAACUGUCGUGUUUUGGGGGCUGCGCUUAUGGCAAGUCAUCGGCAUCUUCGCUGUGUUUGUUUUAGCUAUCGUGAUCACGCUGUGUUGUAUUUUUAAAUGUCGCAUCCCAAGGACCAAAAAGGAAAUCGAAGCUCGUCAUGCCCAGCGACAGGCCGCCAAGAAAUAUGCCAACACGUUGGAGACGGUGCCACCUCUUAACGAGCUGACAGAGGUGCCAGGAUCUGCCAAAGCAGAGGAAAAGCGGGAGGAAGAUGCGGAGGCUGUGGCCACCGUCUCGGGGAAAGUGGACGCCAAUCGAGGUGAAAGGAAGAGCAAGGAGGGGAGGAGGGAAGGAUCCAAGGGUGCCAAAGGCGACGAGAAGACGCAGAAGAAGGCGGCGGCGGCCGGCAAGGAAGGAGGCGGCGAAGGAAAAGGGAGGAAAACGACAGAGAAGGGAGACAGAGGAGCUAAAGGAGGCGUCAAGAAAGCUCACAAGUGACUUUAUGGGCACAAUACAGUGGUCAAACUAAACGCGAGUUGAACUUUUCUCGCGACAUGAUCGUAUCACGUCAAUGCAGUUCUUAGCGUCAUGCUAGGAAACUAAACAUUUGGCCUUG